CUCUGACCAAGUCAAUUGCCGAACCUCACUCUCACUGUUCUAGAAGGUAGGAGUCUAUCAUUUCGUUCUGUGGAAUUUUCAACGAUGGGUUUUGUCUUCUGUAUUCAAGCCGGGAAAAGGUGCUGUCUUUGUAAUGCACCCAGAAAGUUUAAAGAGUGGAUUUUCAGUUGAAGUUAGAAAAAAUCAGAUCUUUCGCCCAGGAUUUUCGCUAUUUGUUGAAUGGAAUCGAUGGUGAAGAAAUUGAAGCAAAAUCUGAGAACUGGGUCCUGGAAAAAGAAGGAAAAAAGCAUGAAGAAGGAAAGAUGGUUCUUAGAGAAUGGAAGUAUCUUCUUAAAAGAGCUCAUCGUUGAUUGUAAUGGUAAAUCCAUUCCUAUACGUAGCUUUACUUCUUCCCAGAUUCGUAAAGCCACCAAGAAUUUCGAUUUAAGCUGUUUUGUAGCUGAAGAAGGGUUCUACAUAUGGUACAAAGGUGUAAUCGAAGAUAGAUCUUACAUGAUCAAGAGAUUCUCUGAGUAUAAAGUCACUGAUUACAGAGUAAGUGAGGUUUAUAAAGACAUUGUCUUGUCUGCUCGUAUGAGCAACCACAACAACUUUCUUAAACUACUAGGAUGUUGUCUUGAGUUCCCUUUUCCUGUUCUUGUGUUUGAAUUUGCUGAGCAUGGAGUUUUGAAUUACCGAGGAGGUAUUACGGUUAACGGUGAAGAGUCUUUAUUGCCUUUGAGUUUGAGGUUGAAGAUUGGGAAGGAGAUUGCAAAUGCCUUGGCUUAUCUUCACAUGGCGUUUCCUAAGAUCAUCAUAUAUAGAGAUGUGAAGCCACUGCAUGUUUUCUUGGACAAUAAUUGGACUGCAAAGUUGUCUGAUUUAUCUUUCUCAAUAUCGCUGGAAGAGGGAAAAUCACAGAUAGAAGCGGAAGACGUGCUGGGUACAUAUGGUUACCUUGAUCCAUUAUACUUUGCAACUAGAAUUGUGACAGAAUAUACGGAUGUGUACAGCUUUGGAGUCUUUUUGAUGGUUGUUAUCACUGGUAUAUCGGUUUACUUCACCGGAUCUGAUGGGUAUCCUGUAGGUAUUCUUGGAUAUAUGAAAGGCUUAGCUGAGAAUGGGAAGCUCAAUGAAAUAGUAUAUCCUAUGAUAAUGAAAGAGAUGACAAGUGCUCAAAGAUUGCAGGUGGAAGCAUGCGUUUUACUUGCACUGAGAUGCUGCGAGGAGAGGGUAGAAGACAGACCGAAGAUGAUUCAGGUAGCUAAAGAACUCAAGCGGAUUGAACAUCAUGUUUUGAGAUCCUAGCUAGAGAUCAGCUCUACUCUUAGACUGUAUAGCCAAGUUUCAAAUUUAUUACUUUUGAAAGUUUGGAACGCAUAUGAUUGUGGACCUGAAGGAUGCCAAAGAGUUUAAGGGGUUAGAAAGACUUGUGAAAGCCUCUAUGUCCGACCCAAACAAAGUCUACUUUGUGUAGAGUUGUCUAAAAGCCUAUGCUUAUAUAUGGUCUUUCUCUGUUUUUCAGUUUUCUCUAGUAUUUUUGUUGUUAUGUAUGGCUAGAUUUCAGUUUGGCCCUGAUGGCGUCAUAAUGAAACUGCAAAGCUCUGCAUUAUUAGUUUCAGAACUUACAAAGAUGGUUUACAAUGCCCAAUAUCACAUCUACUUCCAGCUGAGUUUUCAUGCAAGGUAUAUCAUAGACAUAACUUAUCAUGAAAACAAGAACCACUUUUACUUUUAACAGGAAAAUGCAUUAAGAAUCCAAGCCAAAUAGAUACAUAAAUG